AUGGAAUCCAAGAAACGUCCUCAUGAUGAAGACGAUGUGGAUACUUCUGUCAAGAAACGAAUUGUCUCUGAUGACCAUGGCAGCCCUCGAGUCAAUGGUGUAGUCUCAGACUCUAACGAACCAACCGACGGCGACAAUCUUGAGCAAUUCAGGAAAGAGGCAAUAUAUCGUCGGAUGAAGCACUACUCUCGAGAGUAUGAACGUAGUGAAGCUCGUGUCGCAGAGCUCGAGAGGCGCAAACAAUCUUGUGAAGCUGGAGUGGCUAUCAUGGCAGCGUGUUGGUCGCAGCUAGUCGAGACUAUCCGUUCACUCGUCAGACCGGACGAUGUUCCUGACAUCAAAGUCGAUGCUAGUCAACUUUUUGAGUUAACUUUCAAGUCGCCACCUAAAGAGAUUGAAACAGGCCUGCAAAAUACACUGGCUUCAACUAGGACUCUUGUGACGAGAUUGGUCCAGUCCAGCGGAAGUGAUCAAAUCAAAUCAGUAGACCUCAGUACCGCGUUUGCGUCUAUGGAUGAGCACAAAGCCCUUGAAGCCAAUCUAGUCAUCCAUCGCGCACGGAUAGGGGACCUCGAAGCUCAAAAUGCACAACUACAAGAGACCAUGCAAACGCUUGAAAAUCGUGUGGAGCGAGCGCGCAGUGCUACAGUCGCAGCCUCGCAGAAGCGGUCUUCGUCGAACAAGGAUAUCCCCAAACUGUCUCCCGAUCCCCGCAACGUUGAUUCGGUGGCUGAACCGUCCUCUCCAUCAGCUUCAAGUUCGCUACUGGCCAAUGGCAAGCAUCCUGAAGAACUCACGGCAGCGCUUAAUGAAUUCAGACAGAACAAAUUGAAUGAAUAUGAGCGGGAAAACGGUGCUCUUCGCCAACAGAUUCUCGAUCUUCAGUCAGAGCUCAACAUACUGAAGAGGGACACACCUGCCGAUUAUUGGGAGAAGCUGGCGGAAUUUGUCCUUAGAAUUGACCACUUUGACAAGACUAGCAAUAGUAACGCCGGCGAAUCUCGUGUAGAACAGGUAGUACAGGAGCUAUGCGAAGCUAAAAAGAAGCUUGAAGAGCGAUUGUCCGUCAAGCCGGAAGAAAAGACCCAGAUCGCGAAACGGGACUCAGAAAUUGCUCGGCUUCGAGAACAGCGCGAUGCUGCCCGGAAUGAACUCGGGGAGCGCAAACAGAAAGAAGCUCAUCGGCUUAACUACAACGAAAGCAUGAAAGCUUCGUAUGAAUCGCGGGGGGCUCGGCUCAAUACACUGGAGUCCCAGCUCAAUCGUUACAGAGCGCGCCUGACUGCCGAAGCUGGACAUCCAGACCUCUUAGAAUUUUUGGUCGGAAGCAACCCAGACGUUGUUGUAGAUUUGAAGAAACGCUUGCGGGCGGCCGAAUCCAGAAUUCAGCAACUAGAACAACCUCUCUCCCAGGAAACCAAACAACUCGUCGAGGCUGAAGUUACUCUGCGAAAGGAGGUUCGGGAAUUAUCAGACAAACUUGAUCGUUACCAGAGGAUUAUCGAAGACCCGUCCCUGCCGCCCGACCACGCUCAAUUGAUCGAGAAGCUACAAGCGAGAGACCAGGAACUGCAAGAUCUGCGGAAACAGGUGCAUGAGAUGGAACAAGUAGAGGCUCAACUCUCCUCUGAAGUGGAACGAUUAUCUGGAGCUUGGGAGACACUAGAUGCCGAGGUGCAAGUCAAGAUCAAUGAGCUCAUCGCCAUGGACAAGGAGGUCCAGCGACUAGCUGAUGAGCGCACGAAAUACGAAAACAGGUAUUAUGCUAUGACACGAUUAAGGGACACCUGCGAAGCAGUUUCAAAGGCUCAAGCUGUGGAAGUGGAGAAAAUGGGUGUCACAACGCAGAUAUACCAGGACAAAGUGCAGAAACUUGACGCGCUAACGACUACGUACAGGACCGAGAACGAGCAGUUGAGAGAGUGGGUGAAAGGUAGCGAUCAGGCGACGCAAAAGCUGUAUGCUAAGAUGGCUCGAACGGAGGCGGACCUAGCGCGACAGAAACAGGACAGGGAUGACAUUCACGCCAAACAUUCCCGCCUUGAGGGCGCCUUAGCCAAAGCAACCCAAGAGUACCGAAAACUUGAGGAGAGUAAUCUUCGGGCGAAGAAAGAAUACGAGAAACAAUUGGCACGCAUGAAGGAAAUGGCCGCGCUAAGCGCACCUCAGUCUUCCGACACACAUCACGACAAGAUGCAGGAAAUUCUUCAAUGUCGAAUAUGCAAGGCCCGGAUUCGUGAUACCGUCAUCACGAAAUGCAUGCACACAUUUUGUCGGGAGUGCCUUGAUGCUCGACUAUCUACACGGCAACGGAAAUGCCCUUCGUGCCAACUUGCUUUUGGACACGCAGAUGUUCAUCCAGUAUAUUUCCAAGGAUGA